AUGUCGGAUACGUCGUCGGCCGAUACACUGGGCCCUCCGUCCAUGUCGUCCCAGUCCGAGACUACGGCGUUGCUACCGAAGCCCCCGGCGGCGAAGUCGGAGGAAUACUACGUAGUCCGGAAAUGGCUGGCUGAGAUUCUGCUCCUGGCCAAAGCCGCUGUUCCGGUCAUCCUGGCGUACACGCUGCAAAACAGCCUGCAAACCAUCAGCGUCCUCAUCGUUGGCCGACUGAGCCCCGAAGCACUCGCCACCGCUGCGUUCAGCUACAUGUUCGCCAUGGCGACAGCAUGGCUCAUUGCCUUGGGCGGCACGACGGCGCUCGAUACGCUGGCAUCGAGUAGUUUCACGGGAUCAUCGAACAAGCAUGACUUGGGCAUACUUCUGCAGAGAGGUAUCAUUGUUUUGUCGGCAUUUUAUGCCGUGGUGGCAUUGCUUUGGUGGUUCUCUGAACCGGUGUUCCGGGCGCUGGGCCAAGAAGAGUUUAUCUGCGUGCAAAGCUCGGCGUUUCUGCGAUGCCUGAUCCCGGGCGGGUUGGGGUACGUGUGGUUCGAGGCCAUGAAGAAGUACUUGCAGGCGCAAGCAAUUUAUCGCCCGGGCACAUACGUGCUGCUGAUAACAUCCCCGAUGAACGCCGGACUCAACUAUCUGUUUAUCCACACUUUCAAACUAGGCUUGUAUGGUGCUCCCCUGGCCACAGGUAUCUCGUACUGGGUAUCGUUUCUCCUUCUGGUGGCCUAUGCCGUCUUUAUUCGCGGCAAGGAAUGCUGGGGCGGCCUGGAGCUUCGGAAAGCUAUCAGAAACAUUGGACCCUUUUCUAAGCUCGCGCUUCUAGGAGUCGUUCACGUUGGCACAGAAUGGUGGGCCUUUGAGAUCGUAGCACUGGCUGCCGGGAGACUUGGCACUAUCCCGUUGGCCGCCCAGUCUGUCAUCAUGACUGCGGACCAAAUCAUCAAUACCAUUCCCUUCGGUCUCGGGGUAGCAGCGUCGGCAAGAUUGGGAAACUUGCUGGGAGCGCAGCGGCCUCGGGACGCAGCGAUAGCAGCACACUCGGCAGCAAUACUGUCCGUCAUUCUCGGUGGCGUGGUCCUUGUUGUGCUCAUGGCGACAAAGGACGUCUUUGGCAAAAUCUUCAACGAUGACGAGCGAGUGGUCCGGCUCGUAGGGGAGGUGAUGCCGUAUGUCGCCCUCUUCCAGAUAGCAGACGGUCUCAAUGGAUCGUGCGGCGGUGCCCUUCGAGGCAUGGGCCGUCAGUGGGUCGGGGCUGUGGUGAACCUCGUCAGCUACUACGGCGGGGCCCUACCCGCCGGCAUCUACCUCGCCUUUCAUGGCUGGGGUCUCGCCGGCUUGUGGAUUGGACAAUGUGUCGCCUUGUAUCUGGUCGGGGCGUUGGAAUGGGUGAUUGUUGGGUUUAGUAAGUGGGAGAAGGAGUGUCAACGAGCCCUCGACCGACUAGAUGACAGCAGCGACGGCGAGGCUGAAUCAGAAGGCACGACCUCUGGUGUGGUCUAA